AUGACCCAGGGAAAGCUCUCCGUGGCUAACAAGGCCCCCGGGACCGCAACCGCGGGGCAGCAGCAGGCAAAUGGAGAGAAGAAGGAGGCUCCAGCAGUGCCCUCGGCCCCACCUUCCUAUGAGGAGGCCACCUCUGGGGAGGGGCUGAAGGCAGGGGCCUUCCCCCCAGCCCCCACGGCUGUGCCUCUCCACCCUAGCUGGGCCUAUGUGGACCCCAGCAGCAGCUCCAGAUAUGAUCACGGUUUCCCCAACGGAGACCAGGAACUCUUCACCACCUUCAGUUGGGAUGAUCAGAAGGUUCGCCGAGUCUUUGUCAGAAAGGUCUAUACCAUCCUGCUGAUCCAGCUGCUGGUGACCUUGAGUGUCGUGGCUCUCUUUACCUUCUGUGACCCUGUUAAGGACUAUGUCCAGGCCAACCCAGGCUGGUACUGGGCAUCCUAUGCUGUAUUCUUUGCGACCUACCUGACCCUGGCUUGCUGUUCUGGACCCAGGAGGCACUUCCCCUGGAACCUGAUUCUCCUGACCAUCUUUACACUGUCCAUGGCCUACCUCACUGGGAUGUUGUCCAGUUACUACAACACCACAUCUGUGUUGCUGUGCCUGGGGAUCACGGCCCUUGUCUGCCUCUCGGUCACCCUCUUCAGCUUCCAGACCAAGUUUGACUUCACCUCCUGCCAGGGCGUGCUCUUCGUGCUGCUCAUGACUCUUUUCUUCAGCGGACUCAUCCUAGCUAUCCUCCUGCCCUUCCAAUACGUGCCCUGGCUCCACGCCGUCUAUGCUGCGCUGGGAGCAUGUGUGUUUACAUUGUUCCUGGCAUUUGACACCCAGUUGCUGAUGGGUAACCGACGCCACUCGCUGAGCCCCGAGGAGUAUAUUUUUGGAGCCCUCAACAUUUACCUGGAUAUCAUCUAUAUCUUCACCUUCUUCCUUCAGCUUUUUGGCUCCAACCGGGAAUGA